AUGGAAGCUAUGAAGAAAGAGUUAUAUGAAGAAUAUCUUAAUUUAGAAGUUAUAGGGAUAAUAUGGAAUAAUAUACUAGUAGAUGAAUUUGAUUUGAAAUGGAAUGAUAUCAACAAUGGACAAGAAUUCUCAGAUUCGGAAGUAAGAAAAGAAAGAACAAAUAUUAUUCAAGAAAAGUUACGUGACGAUCAAUUAGAUGAUGGAUUGGAAGGUACAGUAAGUGAUAGUAAUGUGAGUAGACAUAAAAUAAUUUAG